CCGGCAGCCCGAGGCAGAUAGAGGCGACGGAGAGCGACUUCAGCUGUCUAGCAAGGCUGUCACGUGACGAGAUGGAGAUGCCCGACUCGACGGUGAGUCGACCGGCGGCGGAGGAGGGACACCAGAAGUCGACCGAGUCGGCCGGCGGCGAGGAGACAUCGCACAAACAGAACCAGGUGAACAGCGUCGUGCUGUACGGUGUGCCGAUCGUCUCCCUCACCAUGGACGGCAAAGACCGACUCUGCCUGGCGCAGAUCUCCAACACGCUGCUCAAAGGCUUCAGCUACAACGAGAUCCACAACCGGCGCGUGGCGUUGGGCAUCACGUGCAUCCAGUGCACGCCCGUGCAGCUGGAGAUCCUGCGACGUGCCGGCGCCAUGCCCGUCUCCAGCCGGCGCUGCGGCAUGAUUACCAAACGCGAGGCCGAGCGACUCUGCAAGAGCUUUCUGGGCGACAACUCGCCGCCCAAGCUUCCCGACAACUUCACCUUCGACGUGCUGCACCUGUGCGCCUGGGGCUGCCAGGGCCAGUUCUACCCGGCGCGCUACAACUCAUCGCGCGCCAAGUGCAUCAAGUGCACGCUGUGCGGGUCGUUCUACUCGCCCAACAAGUUCAUCUUCCACUCGCACCGCACCCCGGAGGCCAGCUACGUGCAGCCGGACGCCGCCAACUUCAACUCGUGGCGCCGCCACAUCCGCCUGCACGGCAGCCCACCCGAGGAGGUCGUGCACGCCUGGGAGGAUGUCAAGGCCAUGUUCAACGGCGGCACGCGCAAGCGCGACUGA